AUUGUUUCGUCCCGGAGGGGAGGCAGGAAAAUCGAGUCUCGAACAUACAGGAAGGAAACUAAAAGCCGUCAGACGGGUCUCUACCUUUAUGAGGAAAGGAAUGGAGUGCUCCAGGAACUCUAUCCUGCUAGAAACGCUCAAAGGAAACUUUAUAAGUUCAGCUUUCUUUUCUGGAAAAAUAAAAAACUCACCCAUAGAGAAACAAUUGGUGGAAUAGAGAGUUUGCCGCUAAUUUAAACAUGGCGUCCGAGGUGAAAUUAAACGGGAAUGAACUUUUGGAAGUUGACAUAUGCGACCGCGGCGUGUGUUCCGAGGACGAGAGCGGCGUUUUUGUCAACUCUGCCGCCUCCCUCCAGGAUGAUUUCUCCGGCUUCCAGCGGUGGACGCACCCCGCCGAGUCACCUAAUGACACAUCAUCACCGCUGGGACAGCAAGUCCACAGCGGACACGGAGCUCCGCCUGGCACUGCCAGCCAAAGAGCCAACCCGGCCGCAAGCAGUGACUCUGAAUCCCAGGGAGAUGGGGUUACAGCUCUGAGGACUUCCAUAGUGGACUGUCUGCUGGUGGAGCUUUAUGAAACGUGCAGUGGAGGCAGCAGGAGGAACGUGGACAGCUGGGACAGCUCCACGGAGGCGUCCGGCUCUGAUGCUUUCCUGGGCCGCAGUAACUCCGGGUCCAGCUUCCUCCAGGAGCUCCAGGAGAAGCACACCAGGAGGCAUCAGAUGAACUACCUGGACCAGAAAGCCCUGGAGGAGCUGCAUUCAAUCAUCCAGGAGGUGAAGUACCGUACUGCCCUGCAGUCGGCCAAGCUGAUUCGCCAGCUGAGGAGGCGGGACCGACUUUACCACAAACUGCAGAAGAACUACGACAUCAUCACAGCCUGCCUUCAGGCCGUCUCACAAAAACGACGAGUGGACACAAGGCUGAAGUUUACCAUCGAACCAUCGCUGGGAAAGAAUGGAUUCCAGCAGUGGUACGACGCCCUUAAGGCCGUGGCCAGACUCCCGACUGGGAUCCCAAAGGAAUGGAGGAAGAGGGUUUGGCUGACACUGGCAGACCAGUACCUCCACAGCAUCUCUAUCGACUGGGAGAAGACGCUUCGGUUUGCCUUUAACGAACGCAGCAACCCCGACGACGACUCCCUCGGCAUCCAAAUCGUCAAGGACCUGCACAGGACGGGCUGCAGUUCUUACUGUGGCCAGGAGGGGGAGCAGGACAGGGUGGUGCUGAAGAGAGUGCUGCUCGCCUACGCCCGCUGGAAUAAAAGUGUGGGCUACUGCCAGGGAUUCAAUGUACUGGCCGCACUCAUUUUAGAAGUUACUGAAGGCAAUGAGAGCGACGCCCUCAAGGUGAUGAUCUAUCUGAUUGACAAAGUGCUGCCUGAGAGUUAUUUUGCCAAUAACCUGCGAGCAUUGUCAGUGGACAUGGCGGUGUUCAGAGACCUGCUGCGUCUAAAGCUGCCCAGACUCUCCCAGCAUCUCCACCACCUGCAGAAAGCUGCCAACAGAGAAGCUGGAGGCAGCUACGAGCCUCCGCUGACCAACGUGUUCACUAUGCAGUGGUUCCUCACCAUGUUCGCCACCUGCCUACCGGCGCCCACCGUGCUGAAGAUCUGGGACUCGGUUUUCUUCGAGGGUUCGGAGGUGCUGUUCAGGGUCGCCCUCGCCAUCUGGGAGAGACUGGGAGAGAGGAUCGAAUACUGUCAGACAGCAGACGAGUUUUACAGCACAAUGGGAUGUCUCACUCAGGAGAUGCUGGAGGACAACCUCAUCGAUUCUACUGAACUCAUGCAGGAGGUCUACUCCAUGGCCGUGUUUCCUUUCCCUCAGCUGGCUGAGCUGAGAGAGAAAUACACCUACAACAUCACUCCGUUCCCUACCUCAGUCAAAUCCAAUGGAAGUGGCGGUCUGGGCAACUGGGAGAGUGAUGACGACGCCGACAUGGAUGAUGAAGACUCUGUGGUGACAGCGCUUGGUUGCCUGGGUCCCCUGGGGGGCCUGCUGGCCCCUGAGCUGCAGAGAUACCAGAAACAUCUGAAAGACCAGCGAGCAGAGCAGGGGAACAUCGCAGAGCUGAGCCCAGGAGCGGUGGGAGCCGGAGGGGCGGGAGGUGGAGGAGGACGAGGGGGUGCCAAGGCGGAGCAUCAAGCAGCAAUCAACAGCAUGAUGAUGGAGAGAAUGAACACCGACAUCUACGCCCUGAAGAAGCAAUACGCACGCAUCAAAAGGCGUCAGCAACAACAGGCUAUGCAGCUCUACAUUCGCACAGGACCGAGACCUAAAGUGGCCACGAGUCCGGGUGUUCUUCAGGAGUGUCCCAACAGUUGCAGCGACGGUACUGGCCAUCACACUGACGACAAGUGCCCCGCCACCCGUGUCCUGGCCUCCCAGCUGAACCCUUCCGGCUCCGUAAUCAACCACCUCCUUCUGGGUCGGAAACCACGCGGAGGCUCCAGACUCACAUCCACUAGCACAUCCACACUGCCAGGGUCACGGGCCACUUUUCUGUCCCAGAGUCAGAACUCCCCGACCAGGCAGCGCUGUGACUCCAACAGCACUGGAUCCCCAGGGAGCACUGGACGAGGCGCAGGGUCGCCUUGGCGUGCUCAUGUCCGGGCACAUCGAAGGAACAUAGCCAGGGCCCGAGCACAGUUGGGCUUUGGCGAUUCAGAGGAAAGGGAAGAUGAGGAGGAAGAAGGAGCAUUGGCUGGAGUGGAGGGUAAAGAGGAGAGGGAAGUUGAGGAAAAUGAUAAUGAGGAAGAGAAAGAGGGGGUUGACUCUUCUGUCUCUCCAUCUACUGAUCCAUCUGGUACAGAGUCAGUAUGUGAAGAGAACCAACAGGUUGCAGAUGAGUCCAAAGAAGUGGAAGUUGCAGAGGUGGUGGUGCAGCUGCACUCCCUGGAUUUAGAGAAAGAAUCAAAUGUGACCUCCCCAAACAACGCAAACUCAGAUGCACAACCCACCCUACCAGAGCCUAAACCUGUACCCCAAGUCCCUCUUCUUCCUCCUCCGCCGUCCUCGAACAGACACAAGGAGUCUCAUUUCUCAGGUUCAGGGAGAAACAGCGCCUCUGACAGACACCUUCCCACCAUUGCUUUACCUCCACCUGACCGCUCCUUCAGCAUCCCUUCUUCCUCACCUUCCACCGCAAGUCCUACCUCUUCUCCGGUCCCUACAUCUGCUUCUCUCGGCCCGUCCUGCUCGUCUUCUCCAUCACCACCCUCCACUCCAACACCAAGCUCCACAUCCUUCCUCUGGCCAUCCCCUUCAGCUAAUGACCCCUCCUCUCUCUCUCUUCCGGCAUCCUCAACCUUUUACAAAACUUCCUCACCCUCUACUCCCUCACUUUCCUCCAUCUCCUCAUUGUCCAGAUCUCACAUGUCCUCCUCUCCGUCAACCCCAGUGUUCUCGUCCACCGGCGCCAUCACUCCCAAGCAGCAGGUUUUUUCCCCAUUCCCUAGCGUAAAGCAACCAAGGAAAUCAGCUGCAGCCAGAAAUCUCGGUCUCUAUGGCCCUACAUCCAGAACCCCCACUGUUCACUUCCCUCAUCUCACCCGCAACCUCAACCGUAGUAGUGGUGUUGGCACUACCGGGAGGCGAUGAAAUCUCUGCGCUCAUGACCUGAUGCUAGAAACACACCAUUGUUACACGAAAAGAUCAUUCUAUAUAACUACACCGUGUUGCCUCCUACAUACCAAGAAAAUUACCUGUAUCUUAUUUGAAGUAGAUUGAAAGUUCUAGAAAUGUACAGUUCAGAUGUGUGUAGAAAUUGCCUGAAAUUCACAAACAAUUACAAACAUUUAGGAACUAGUUGAUAAUUACUGGUGAAGGGAAUUUCUUUAUUUUGUUUAAGGUUUAAUCAACAUUUACACUGUACGUCUAAGGUAAAGCUAACACAGGACUGUAAGACUAUUACAAUAUCAAGCCCUUUACAGUGGCCUAUGCAGGUCCUCCUUGACCAAGAUGGAUACAUGAUAAAAAAAAAAAAAAGAUGAGACAUCACAUGUGAACUAUGUUUUUAGGACUUUACAUUGAAUUUGUGCUGGACAUCUGUUCAGUAAUGGUUUGUGAACCUCGAGAAAAGGAUUGUCCCUGGACUGAAACAUGAAGAAACUGUGGCCUGGACAAAUGCUUCCUUCUGGACUCAGUAUGGAUCACAUGUGGCCACUUGAUGAACUACCUUUUUUUCUAUGAGAUGACACAAUAGCCAUCCAGUUGUUUUUAUGCCAAGAAACAAUAGAUUCUUAAGAAUUGUUGUAAAUGUGUGUGCCCAAAAAACUUCCCAAUCUGAAAAACUUUGAUGUCCUGAAGCACUUGCCAUUUUUUGUUCAGUCUGAUGGUGAAAUCAUUCUGUGUGUGCACUCUGUAACGUGACUGUUGAACACCAGGAAUGUAAUAUAUCAGUAAAUAAUUAAGAAAGCAUGAAUGGUAAUGCUACUCCUAGCUUGGCCAAGUUUCGCUUGGACCAUUGGGGUGUGAAUACUGUGUAAAUGAAAUGUGGGAGUUCAAAAUAUGAAGGAAUUUGUCACAUAAAAUCAUAGUGGUUAAAAUAUGGUGUAAAAUAAACUUGCACAGCGAUUAAGUUGAGACAUCAAA